AUCUGCCCCGCGCCGAGCGCCACCGCCGCCGCCGCCGCCGCCGCUCCGCUGCCCGCGCCGCCCGCGGCUCCCGAUGGAGACUGACGCGCCCCAGCCCGGCCUCGCCUCCCCGGACUCGCCGCACGACCCCUGCAAGAUGUUCAUCGGGGGACUCAGUUGGCAGACUACGCAGGAAGGGCUGCGCGAAUACUUCGGCCAGUUCGGGGAGGUGAAGGAGUGUCUGGUGAUGCGAGACCCCCUGACCAAGAGAUCCAGGGGUUUCGGCUUCGUCACUUUCGUGGACCAGGCGGGGGUGGAUAAAGUGCUGGCGCAGUCGCGGCACGAGCUCGACUCCAAAACAAUUGACCCCAAGGUGGCCUUUCCCCGAAGAGCCCAGCCCAAGAUGGUGACUCGAACCAAGAAGAUCUUUGUAGGGGGUCUCUCGGUCAACACCACGGUGGAGGACGUGAAGCAGUAUUUUGAACAGUUCGGGAAGGUGGACGACGCCAUGCUGAUGUUUGACAAAACCACCAACCGGCACCGAGGGUUCGGGUUUGUCACGUUCGAGAGCGAGGACAUCGUGGAGAAAGUGUGUGAAAUCCACUUCCAUGAAAUUAACAACAAAAUGGUGGAAUGUAAGAAAGCUCAGCCAAAGGAGGUGAUGUCGCCCACUGGCUCAGCCCGGGGAAGGUCUCGAGUCAUGCCCUAUGGAAUGGACGCUUUCAUGCUGGGCAUCGGCAUGCUGGGUUACCCAGGUUUCCAGGCCACGACCUACGCCAGCCGGAGUUACACAGGCCUCGCCCCUGGCUACACCUACCAGUUCCCCGAAUUCCGUGUAGAGCGGACCCCUCUCCCGAGCGCCCCAGUCCUCCCCGAGCUUACAGCCAUUCCUCUCACUGCUUACGGACCCAUGGCGGCGGCAGCAGCGGCAGCAGCUGUGGUCCGAGGGACAGGCUCUCACCCUUGGACGAUGGCUCCCCCCCCAGGUUCGACACCCAGCCGCACAGGGGGCUUCCUGGGGACCACCAGCCCUGGCCCCAUGGCUGAGCUCUAUGGGGCAGCCAACCAGGACUCGGGGGUCAGCAGCUACAUCAGUGCCGCCAGCCCUGCCCCCAGCACUGGCUUUGGCCACAGUCUUGGGGGCCCCUUGAUUGCCACAGCCUUCACCAAUGGGUACCACUGAAGCAGGGGACAGGUGGCAGGAGCCCCCAGCCUGCAGCUGACUGAGGACCACGCGUGAGCCAGCGAGGGGGUGGGGACACCUCAGCCGCAGCCGCCGCCCCCUCCCCCGCAGCGACUCGACCACUACUGCCUGCCCCCCACUCCCCGGGCCCGGCCCCUGCCCCGUGUGGCUCCCCUACUAACCGCCCCUUGGUCGCGUCGCCCUCGUCCCGGUCAUUUGCCCCUUCCCACCCCCCCCCCCGCCCCGCUUUUAUUUAUUUUGGAUUAGCCGGUUUUCCCCCCAACCCACCCAUCCA